CUUCACCGGCGGGCCGCUGCCAGUCCGGCCCCAGCAAUCGACGGAAGGAGUCACAACGUCUCUUCCUCCACUCACCAUCUUGAGCCGACUUCGUUGAGUCUUACCCUUCUUAUAGUCACUUCAGAAAUUAAUCUUCGCGUUACUUGGCCGGUUGCUGAGUGUGUGUAGGUCGCGAGAUAUCUGAAGAGACGAGGACAGAAGACAGUAAUGGCGAUAGUGAAGACGGUACUGAUUGGCUUGACGGCUGCCAUCAUGACUGUCUUAGUACAUGGUCAGAGUGGCAUAUUGGACCAAAAGUGCAUGGCCUGCUUGUGCGAGGCAUCGACCAGUUGCACUACGAAGCCGGUAUGUGAAGACCCUGCUAUAACUGGUGGCAUUUUCUGCGGCCCCUUCCACAUGAGUCGGGAAUACUGGAUUGACGCUGGUAGACCCAUUAUCAAAGGCGACCUUAAAACGUCCCGAGACGCGUUUAAAAACUGUGCCCUUGACCUGCACUGUUCUGCCAAGGCCGUCCAGAACUACUUCAAGAGAUACGCUUUUAAUGGCCGCAUUUCCCCAGACUGUAACGGAGAUGGAGAGGUCGACUGUGUUGACUUCGCUCACAUACACAAGCUGGGGCUCAACGGCUGCAGACGCGCGUCCUUCACCGAAACAAAUUUCUACAAGAGAUUUGCUUCCUGUUGGAAGGUGGUCACGGAGGCAAAAAAGUUCUAGUCAAUAAUUUGUCUGACGCAAGGCUGUUAAUAGUCAGCCUCGGUGUGACGCACAUUGUCUAGUGCGUCACGCAGGGUGACAUUAUUUAAUACCUGUAUAUAGGGAUAAAACAAAAUUGAUACAUUUGUUACUUUGUUAAUGACUACGGAGUGGAGGCUUCUUACCUCUUAAAGUCACAUUACUGAGGUUUGGAUGAUACACUUGUUCAAAUAUGCAUAAUUAGAUAACUCGAAUGUCUCUAUUAUAAAUCGACUCUCUAUUAUAAUAUUGUCAUGUUCUAUUAACUUUGUUAAUGCAUUUGUAUGUAAAUAGUGUACGGUCAUCAUAGAGGAAACAUUCCUAGUACUGUCUGGUGCUUUACUAAAUAAAUUACGUUUUAUAAUAGUUAUUUGUUAA